GGCAGACUAGUCAGCCAGUUGAUCUGAGACCAAAACAAACUCAAGAGGCGUAAACAUCUUUCUAUCCCUGACGUCUGACUUUAUAAACAGAUAUUAAACAAAAUGCCGAGGCGAUUAAACAAGAGGUGAACUAACUGAUUAGGUGUGGCUUGUAGAAGAAGCAGUGCUUGUAGUGGUAGCUUGAGCUAGCUGUUAGCUGAGUGCUAACAGGAGUACCGUUAUGCCAGACGAGCCGACAACAACAGCCACUGGGACUAGAAGCUGCUGCCUCUGUUGCCUUAACUACCAGCUCAGCAAACUGGCUUUCCAGCUAGUUAGGUAGCUAGUUAGUUAGACUAAACCUAUAACUCAUUUUCUACGUUGCCUUCUUCCUGCCUUCUGGACUAACCCCUCCAGCAUGGGGAUGUGUUUACCGUGCCUUGGUGGAGCAGCGGACGACGUGGUUGUCACUCCAGAUCCAGACACAAGGAGACGACAAUUAGCUGAGGCAGCUGAGAAGAGAGCAAAAGAGACAACAUACAGGGGUGUUAAAAAUCCAGAAGCUGUCGAAAGGAAAAAGAAAAAACAGGAAGAAACUGAAAAACAGGCGAUGACCACCUCUGUGUCUGGUGGCCGUGGUGGCGGGUUGAAGUGGCAGGUGGGCUGAAAAUCCAGAUGGUAACGCCUGAAGUCUUGAAUCUGAAGUACAAAACAACAUGAAGUAUCGCGGCAAGAUGACUUGAAAGAUGUUUGAACUGCUGUCCGGUUUUUGAAUUAUUAUUAUUAUUAUUGACGAGUUGUCUUGCUUUAUGCAAAACAAUCUGAAGUGAUUACAGACUGAACAGCAGGACUUGCCCCCUUGUUGCCAAGUUAUACAAACCAGUUUGGACCUUUGGACAAGUCAGGGAUGAUCACACAGGAAUGUGCAAGCAAAUGCAGGUCCUGCUGUAUUAGUUUUAUCUGACAAUUGAUAAGACAUACAACAUUAGAUAAAAUAAUAUGUUUAUAAAGUCCAACAGUAUCUCUGGUGACUGUUGUCAUAUUAAGACAAAGCUGUCAGCUUUUUCCCCACACUGCUUUUGGCUUUCAUCGUCGAGGAUCUGUAAAUCCACAUCGGCCACGGUACUUUUUGUAUGACUUCUCCAAAAAUCUGUUAUGCAGAUGACACAUUUCACAAGGAAAACACAGUUUAUGUUUACACAGAUUUAAGUGUGCUUAUUAUAGGAUUAGUAUAUAGUAAAAAAGCACAUGGUUAACACUAAUUUCACCUUAUUUACGGCUCUAUUUGUUGGCAACACAAAGACUCGUGCAAACAGUGCUACAACUUGUUGGUGUUUGCUGAACUUGUAAUGCGCUUUGCCUCUAUCUGGGUGUUUUUGUGACCAGUGCAGUCACAUGGGAGUCCCUUGUUGAUGAGGAAGGCAAUGCAAGGUGUUGUGUGUUUUGAUAUUGUGCUGAGAAUAUGCCUGUACUUGCUGCAACGUCAUUUAGUCACUAAUUUAGUGAUUCAGCCAGGAAGUACAUACUUGAUAAAAUAUGCAGCAGCUACAGAGUACUGCUGAAUAAUAUAAAACACUAAAACAUUCUACAACCAAUAGAAAUGAAAAGGAGGUGUACUAGGACACACCAUUAAGGCUUAUUGCACUCUGCACUGGUCUUUGCCAUCACUCCUUUAAUAGAGCCCUUUUUGUUUUGUUUUUCUGCACAAUUUGAGUUUGUUGCAUUGAAUUACAAUGUAUGCAAAACACUGAUGUGAUGCCUGCUUUAUUUAAAUGAUAUGAGAUGUGUUUGUGAAUUGCCAUAUUGCAAACAGGAGCUUUUUGUUAGACAUCUAUCUGCACACGGUUUGUGGAAACAGGAAGAAACUGAAGGAACAGUGCGAACAGUACAUAGUGAAGUAUCUACUUUGACUUGUUUAACUGAGUGCAUUUCUUACAGCCUUCACUUGAUCCUUAAAUGCUUCCGGUGCUCUCGCCAUUUUGUAGAACAGGAAACCUAGCCAAUGUUAUUUGCUACAAUAAAUCACAUUUCUGCUA